AUGGCUGAAGCCCCGACCAAGGCCGUCGCGCCGGCCAACAAGCGCAAAGAAAACAAGCGACUCGCAGAGGCGCAAAAGACCUACGGACGAGGAAAGGCCGUCAACCUUCAUGCCAUCCGGGACAAGAAACUGCGCGGGAACCUGAAAUCCAUCGAGAACAAGUACAAGGCGGCGGCGCUCCAGGCUAAAGAUGCGGAAAUUCUGCUCGAACACGAAGCCGGUUUCCUCGAGCCCGAGGGCGAACUCGAACGGACAUACAAGGUGCGACAGGACGAGAUCAAACAGAGCGUGGGGAUCGAGACGGCAAAGAAGGGAUUUGAGCUGAAGCUGGAGGAUCUGGGACCGUAUCGCUGCGACUACACCCGCAACGGUCGCGAGUUGCUGCUCGCCGGACGGAAAGGUCAUGUUGCGACGAUGGACUGGCGGUCGGGAAAGCUGGGCUGCGAACUGCAGCUGGGCGAGACGGUGCGCGAUGCGCGGUGGUUGCAUAAUAAUCAGUUCUUUGCGGUUGCGCAGAAGAAGUAUCUCUACAUCUACGACCACACGGGGACGGAACUGCACUGUCUGAGCAAGCAUCUCGAGCCGCUGUAUCUGGAAUUCUUGCCGUACCAUUUCCUCCUGGCUAGCGUGCAAAUGAGCGGCCACCUCAAAUACACCGACACCUCGACCGGCCAGAUGGUCGCCGAAAUCCCCACCCGCAUGGGCGCGCCAACCUCCUUCUGCCAGAACCCGUGGAACGCUAUCCUCCACGUCGGCCACCAGAACGGCACAGUCACCCUGUGGUCGCCCAAUUCGCAGACCCCCCUCGUCAAGGCGCUGGUACACCGCGGCCCCGUACGGUCGAUGGCGGUGGACCGCCAGGGCCGGUACAUGGUGUCGACGGGCCAAGACAUGAAGAUGAACGUGUGGGACAUCCGCAUGUUCCGCGAGGUGCACUCGUACUCGUGCUACCAGCCGGGGGCGUCGGUGGCGAUUAGCGACCGCGGGCUGACGGCGGUGGGCUGGGGCACGCAGAUGAGCGUGUGGCGGGGGCUGUUUGACGCGGCGCAGGCGGACCAGGGCAAGGUGCAGAGCCCGUACAUGGCGUGGGGCGGCGACGGGCAGCGCAUCGAGAACUUGCGCUGGUGUCCGUACGAGGAUGUGCUGGGCGUGACGCACGACAAGGGCUUCGCCAGCAUCCUGGUGCCCGGCGCGGGCGAGCCCAACUUCGACGCGCUCGAGGCCAACCCGUACGAGAACACGAAGCAGCGCCAGGAGGGCGAGGUGCAGGCGCUGCUGCACAAGCUGCAGCCGGAAAUGAUUUCGCUGGACCCCAACUUCAUCGGCCAGCUCGACACCAUCCGCGACCAGAAGCGUCGCGAGGAACGCGACCUCGACCGCAAGGCCGAGGACCCGAUCGAGAAGCUGAAGAACCGCGGCCGCGGCCGCAACAGCGCGCUGCGCAAGUACCUCCGCAAGAAGGGGCGGCGCAACGUCAUCGACGAGAAGCGUGUCAAGGCCGAGAUGCUGCGCAAGGAGCACGCCGCCCGCGCGAAGGAGCGGCUGCGCGCCGAGCGCGAGGACCUGGGGCCGGCGCUGGCCCGGUUCGCCAAGAAGGAGAUCUAG